AUGUCCCGUAAACGGCUGUGCGCCUUCCAAGCAAAGAAAUGGGCGAUGUUGGAGCCCUCCAUCACAUUGCAGCGACGUCUCAAUCGUGAGGAGGAAGUAAUUGCGUUGUUGGAGGGCGCACUCAGUGUCCAGGAAAGAAUGAGAGAUUUGGAUAUGGUGGCUAGAGUCUCUAGGAAGGUCAUAGAGCUUCAAGAGUGUGCGGUAGUCCAAGUAAGGGAAACCACUGACGUGCCGAAUUUGGCGAAGAUUAUUAAUAUGAUACCAGAAUUCGAGCAGAAGAAAAGAGCGACGUUCAGAUAUACACGAUGCGAGGGCGGGGUGGCCUGUGGUCAGUACGCGCUCACGUUAAUUCUUGAAUGA